CCACCCCAGUGAUGAGAAGGAUCACAGCUGGUUCAGUAAGAACAUCUCUGCAGCCAACAUCGCCUCCCUGAUGGACAGACACAGCGGCCAAUCAGAGCCCUCCGUCACACUGCCCAAUCACAGAGAGGCUGACCAGAGAGACUCCCCCCCCAUUGGUCCCUCCAGGUCCAGACAUGAGGUGAAGCUGAUGGAGAAGAUCCCCGAGAGAGCCGAGGCCACCGUGGUCCUCGUGGGCAGCGUGGGCUUCCUGCAGCAGCCCUCCAUGGCGUUUGUGCGUCUGCAGGAAGCGGUCCUGCUGGAGUCCGUCCUGGAGGUCCCCGUCCCCGUGAGGUUCCUCUUCCUGCUGCUCGGCCCGCCCACCGCCAACAUCGACUACCACCAGGUCGGACGCUCCAUCUCUACGCUCAUGUCCGACAAGCACUUCCACGAGGCGGCGUACCAGGCGGACGAGCGGCAGGAUCUGCUGUCGGCCAUCAACCGGUUCUUGGACUGCAGCGUCGUCCUGCCGCCCUCGGACGUCGUCGGGGGCGACGAUCUUCUCCGCUCCGUCGCUCGCUUCCAGAGAGAAAUGCUCCGGAAGAGAGAAGAACAGAGCGGCAAACUGCCGGAGAAACAGGCCAGCAUUCAGGACGAUGGAGACUCCCCCGUUCUCUCCAAACCUGGCGAGGAGCCUCUGAGACGCUCCGGCCGGCUGUUCGGGGGUCUGAUCUCUGACGUGACGCGGCGCUACCCGCAGUACCUCAGCGACCUCCGGGACGCCCUGAACCCGCAGUGCAUGGCCGCCGUCAUCUUCAUCUACUUCGCAGCGCUGUCGCCCGCCAUCACCUUCGGAGGACUGCUGGGUGAGAAAACCGAGGGUCUGAUUGGCGUUUCGGAGCUGAUAGUUGCCACGGCGAUGCAAGGCAUAGUGUUCAGCCUGCUGGGUGCUCAGCCUCUGCUGGUGAUCGGCUUCUCUGGACCGCUGCUGGUGUUCGAGGAGGCCUUCUACACCUUUUGUAGAGAUAACGGCAUCGAGUAUCUGACGGGCCGGGUGUGGAUCGGUUUCUGGCUGGUGCUGAUCGUUCUGGUCACCGUGGCGAUGGAGGGAAGCAUCCUGGUUCGCUUCGUGUCCCGUUUCACUCAGGAGAUCUUCUCCUUCCUCAUCUCCCUCAUCUUCAUCUACGAGACCUUUGCCAAACUCAUCAAGAUCUUUCAGGAGCAUCCGCUCCAAAACUGUUACCAUGGGAACAACACAGCAUCAGCACCGUCUCCGUGCAACUAUGCGGUCGCCAGAGUAACCCUAGGGGCGUUGGCGGGGAACGGCGCCAGCCGCUGCUUAUG